CACCAGGCGCGGACCGGCCUGGGCGGCGGACUCGUCUCUUGCCGAGUGGGGCCGAGCUGGUGGGCGCGUCGCCGCCGCCGCCGCUGCUGAGGCCAAGGCCGCCGCCGCCGCCUUUUCCGGGUCCGCUGCGGCGGCGAGCGGCGCUCUGAGGGAAGCGCGCGCGGACGGAGGGCCGCCGGGAGGCAGAGCGAGACGAGAGCGAAAGAGCAGGCAGGCAACACCAGCCGCGCCGGCGCCCGCCCCCUCGCCCUCCCCUCGCCCAGUCAGGCGGCCCCGCGGGCGGCCGGCCUGGCGCCGCCGCUCUCCGCAGCCGCCGCCGCCUCGUCGUCGUCGCUGCUGCUGCUCCUGCCGCUGCUGCUGCUGGGCCGCCGCCGGCGGUGGUGCUGCCACGGGCCGGGCGCAGCAGCCGCCGCCGCCGCCGCCCCCCCUCCCGCUCCCCUCGCUGCCGCCGCCGCGCGGCAGCGGCGCCGCCUCCUGCUGCUGCUCCCGCCCGCCCCCGCCAUGCCCGGCCCGGCCGCCGGCAGCAGGGCCCGCGUCUACGCCGAGGUGAACAGCCUGAGGAGCCGCGAGUACUGGGACUACGAGUCGCACGUCCCCACCUGGGGUAAUCAAGACGAUUAUCAACUGGUUCGGAAACUCGGCCGGGGGAAAUAUAGUGAAGUCUUUGAGGCUAUAAACAUCACCAACAACGAGCGUGUGGUUGUGAAAAUCCUUAAGCCAGUGAAGAAAAAGAAGAUAAAACGAGAGGUUAAGAUCUUGGAGAACCUGCGUGGUGGAACCAACAUCAUUAAACUGAUUGACACUGUCAAGGAUCAAGUGUCAAAGACUCCAGCUCUGGUGUUUGAAUACAUCAAUAAUACAGAUUUUAAGCAACUGUAUCAGAUCCUGACAGACUUUGAUAUUCGGUUUUAUAUGUAUGAAUUGCUCAAGGCCCUGGAUUACUGUCACAGCAUGGGGAUCAUGCAUAGAGAUGUCAAACCUCACAAUGUCAUGAUAGACCACCAACAGAAGAAGCUGCGGCUCAUAGACUGGGGCUUGGCAGAAUUCUACCAUCCAGCUCAGGAAUACAACGUCCGUGUGGCCUCGAGGUACUUCAAAGGGCCGGAGCUCCUCGUGGACUACCAAAUGUAUGACUAUAGCUUAGACAUGUGGAGUUUAGGCUGUAUGCUGGCCAGCAUGAUCUUCCGAAAAGAACCAUUUUUUCAUGGUCAAGACAACUAUGACCAGUUGGUUCGCAUUGCAAAAGUUCUCGGUACAGAUGAAUUAUAUGGUUAUCUGAAGAAGUAUCACAUAGAACUGGACCCACACUUCAAUGAUAUCUUGGGACAACAUUCACGGAAGCGUUGGGAGAACUUCAUCCAUAGUGAAAACAGACACCUGGUCAGCCCUGAAGUCUUGGACCUCCUGGACAAACUCCUGCGAUAUGACCAUCAACAGAGGCUGACUGCCAAAGAAGCGAUGGAACACCCUUAUUUCUAUCCAGUUGUGAAGGAGCAGGCCCAGCCCGGCUCUGACAGCCCUGUGCUCUCCAGUGGCCUGACAGCAGCACGAUGAAGUCUGGGAAACGACGGGUCUGUCUGAUGCUGUUCCUCCCAAUUUUCCAUAAGCAGAACAAACGUCUUAUCCGCUUGUGUACAGAGAUGGUGGUGUGUGCAGCUUCCAGAUGUCAUCCCAGUGGCGGGUUAUGGGAGCGGGGACGGCGGCAGCGGCGGCGGCAGCUGAUGGCACCCGGCAGCGUAUAAAAACACAAACCUUAACUUCAGCUUGUGACUUCCCGUUGACCUCUUCCAGACCAAGAAAGCAUGGAAAAUGUGAAGGGUAUGCAAAACCGUUGCUGGCUGAGGCGGCUUCCCUACACCCAGCCCAGCGUGGGACAUUCUGACAGCUGGGCUCCUAUUGGCAGGCUGGGGGAGGAGGCGGGCUCUGUGGCAUGAUGGACAGUUCUAUAUUAAAAGGAUUAUAUAUAUUAUUGAAUAAAAGUUUUAAAAGUAAA